AUGCAGCUAUGCGGCAGACAGAAGUUAGUCCAGCGCAAGAUGGUGCUGCUAGGCGACGGAGCCUGUGGCAAGACAUCAGCGCUGAACGUGUUUACACGGGGAUUUUUCCCGACUGUCUAUGAACCAACGGUGUUCGAAAACUAUGUCCACGAUAUCUUCGUCGAUAACAUACACGUCGAGCUUUCGCUAUGGGACACGGCCGGUCAGGAGGAAUUCGAUCGCCUGCGCGCAUUAUCGUAUGAGGAUACUCAUGUGCUCAUGCUCUGCUUUAGUGUGGACAGCCCAGACUCGUUCGAGAACGUGUCGUCGAAAUGGAUCGCGGAGAUUAAUGAGAAUUGUCCCGGUGUACGGGUUGUCCUGACGGCCCUCAAGUGCGAUCUGCGCAAAGAUGAGGAUAUGAAUGAUAAUCCCAAUGCUAUUAGCUUUGACCAGGGUCUGGCGAAGGCGAAGGAAAUUGGCGCAGUGAAGUACUUGGAAUGCUCUGCGGUCCAAAAUCGCGGUAUUAGGGAGAGCUUCUAUGAAGCUGCUAAAGUUGCUCUUGAUGUCAAGCCGGCUGGGAGCGCGUCCUCUGGCUCGUCGUGUAUCAUUCAAUGA